CAUCCCGCUUUGACAAAUUUUGGAAAAUGACGAGAGUCCCUUCCUGGCUUCCUCUAUUUCCCUAGGCUUCUUCUCAGUUCUCUCACUCAGUCGAUGUUUUCGGCCGAACUAAUUUAAAAUCGCUACGGAGGAUGAUGGUGGAGGAGCUUCAGGAUUCCAAUCUGGUCGAUCCGUUACUCGACCGGUCUACUUUCUCUUUAUUUCCUCGAACAUUUGGGGAUUUUACGAAAGCUACAGAUGAUUCACUGCAGUCCGGCUUGGAAUCUGUUCACAGUUAUCUCAAAUCCAUGGCACUAAGAAGUCCAAAUAAGCUUCUGGAACAGGCAAAUAACAUUUUAAGAAUUAAUUCGGAAGUUCCAAAUUCCAACUUACCUUUCCAAAUGGCAUCAAAAGACAAAGUUGGAGCAGCAGCUGCUGCAAAGGGUAAUGAGCGUCCCCCAGAAAGAAGGCCAGCCUUGAAUCGUAAGCGAGCUCGGUUUUCUUUGAAGCCUAUGACAAGUCAGCCAUCUCUUGAUGUGAAUCCAAGUUUAAACAUCGAUCAAUUGGAAGACCCAGGGGAAUACUUCUUAGCACAUGAGAAGCUUGAAAAUGCCAAAAUGGAAUUACGGAAACAGAGAGGUGAUGCUAUGAUCGAUUCAGAUCAGCAUAAUUCGACUGAAACAAGAAGGAACCGUCGACCUGGACUGUUGGGGAAGAGAGCAAGUUAUAAACAUCAUUCUUCGUUGUCGUAUUCUGAGGAUGUCGAGAGAAUUGUAUCUUCACAAGGAAUUUUUGAAAUGAGCAUUUCUAGUCCAUCUAAGUAUAUUUCUGACCCAGAAACAACAGAUCAGCAUGGGGUACCAGAGGAAAGGAAAAUAUCUGGGGUUGAACAAGUUGAUGGCACUCAAGAAGAAGAUUCAAUAGCUCUGACGGAGGAGAGAGUUGGGAAGUGUUUGGAUGAAUUUCUGUCCGCUGACUGUAUGGACCUAGAUGAGAAUGGAGUGGUUGCUUUCCUGCAGGAACGCUUGCAGUUUAAACCAAUCAAUUUGGACAAAUUAACUCUCCCUGGCUUGGACUCUAUCAUAAGAAAUGAUCUUGAGGCACCAGUGGAGCAGUUAGCGAAGCCAAGAAAGGCGCUGACAGAUAUACAUAAUACAAUUAGGAGGGCAGACAGCAAAACAUCUGAAGAACAUAGGAAGCUUCUAGGAGUCUCAGCUUGUCCACAGGCUUCACCUACGCCACAAAAGAGUCCGCUUGCAUCAUUAUCUUUCUUACAGAGGCGCAUUUCACGCAUGAGUUCAACAAGUGGUCCAUUCUCUGCCCUUGGUAGUGAUACCUCGCGAGCUAGACAUUCCUUUAGUGUUGAAGGCAUUGGCAAACAAGCUGUUCCACCAUAUGCUUUUACCGAUCACCUUGAUGCUUGUAACCAUACCCCUUCAGGGGUUGAUGGACAGGGAUUGAGUUCUGGUGAACUGCGGUCACAGUUGGUAGGAAAGGAGGUCAACGAUGCAGCCAAUAGUGUGAUUUCAGGAAAGGAGGUGAUAGAAUCUUUGGCUUCUUCAUUGGAUAGGCCGGUUGAUGAAAACUCAAAUGGACAUGAUACAAGUACAGAUGUCAGGUCAAAUGGAUCUGAAGGUGGCUCUGAGGACAAGGUAGAAGAUGUGCUGCAGGAAGCAAUGACUUCCAUACAGCCUGAGCUCAUUGUUGAAGGUCUAACUGUGGACCCACCACAUUGCGGUGACAGUCAGUUAGAUCAAUUGGGUCCUACUGCAGGAGAACAUUGUUCAGUGGAUGCACAUGCAGAAACCAGUGAAAUCCCUCUUGAACAAAAUGAUGAGGAAAAUGAGCUAAAUUCAAGAACACCACCAAACAUGCAAUCCAAACCUAAAUUGCAGGCACGCAAAAGAGGGAAAAGAACAAGAGUUUCUCAUAGGCAGAGCCUUGCAGGGGCUGGUUCUUUGUGGGAAUCUGGGGUGAGGCGAAGCAACAGAAUCAAAGUACAACCAUUGGAGUGGUGGAACGGCGAGCGAUUUUUAUAUGGACGCAUACAUGGAAGCCUUGAAACAGUAAUAGGGUUGAAGUAUGUGUCUCCAGCAAAGGAUGGAGGAAAGCCUACAGUCAGGGUGAAAUCGUAUGUAUCCGAUGAAUACAGACACCUUGUAGAACAAGCAGGUUUGCACUAAGAUCUUGUUUGCACAAAUAUGCAUUGUAUCUCCGAUCUGUCUCUUGGCGUCUACGAGCUGUAGCGUAAGGGAAGUGAUGUAUAUGCUCCACAUGUGUAUUCUUGGUUAACAAUGUAACUUGAAAAUGCUCCAGGCUUCAAUGAUUAACAUUUUCUGUUAUCUAUCCAAACAAAAAAAAAAGAAAAAAAAAGAAAUCCAGGCUUCCCCUUAGUGAAACAAAUCUAUUGAUUUGAGAUGGAAAUCAUCUUCUCUAGAGAUGAUCUUGUUAACAAAGGUUCGUAUCUUGCCCUCAUGUAAUACUUUUGGAUUAUUUGGUUUACUUUCUGAUUGGUACAUGGACAAUUUUUUCUUUGCUUAAA